AUGGAGGAUCCCAGGCAUGUGUCGUACAUCGGUCAUGGUGAAGUCAGAGCAAGCCCCACACUUCCUACAGUCUUCAAUCCUCAGACCCAUCUACCCAACGGAGUUGCUCUUCAUCCACAGACGUUAUUUCCACUUGAUGUAAGCCAGAACGCUGUACGACCCGUCCUUCGAUUCAUCAACCUCACCAACUCAACCGAAUUUCUAAUUUACACCGACGGAUCUUGUUUGCAAAAUGGCCAGCAAAAUCCCAAAGCCGGGUGCGCCUUCGUGUACAAGAAUACCGGGCAACAACCUAACGGCUAUGUACGCUUUCGGCUUGAGGAGGAAGGCCCCACCGGUGUGAGAUAUCGCCCGACAAGCAAUCGCGCAGAGCUUCGAGCCGUUAUUGCAGCUCUACGAUUUCGGGAAUGGAGUAGGGAGGGAUUUUCGAGCCUGGUCAUCGCAACAGACUCUACCCACGUCGCCGAGGGAAUGACAUCCUGGGUUCGCGAAUGGUUGGAAAGGGACUGGACAAAGAGUGACGGGAAACUAGUCACAAAUCGGGACCUUUGGGAGUGCCUGCUUGACGAGGUAAAUCACUGUCAACGAAAUGGUCUGCAUGUUAAAUUCUGGCGGAUCCCAAGGAAGUGGAAUGAAGCGGCGGAUCGUCAUGCCAAACAUGCUGCGACGCACCUGCGCGCACAAGAGAAGUUCACGCACUUGGUGGAUGAUGCUCGCUGA